CCCUUCUCCAACUCUUCUUAAACCGAGCUCCCCCUCAUCUAAUAUCAGUCUAUCUUCAUAAUUGCUUUUCACGCAAAGUACAUCUCUUGAAUUGAAGUUAGAGCUACCGUACACGUCCACCCUAGUAUAUAUAGCUUGAUAUCAAGUCAAUUGAAACCCCCUCACUCCAGAAUAUACCAUCUACAAUGGAUCAUCUCGAAAAGCACACGCUGACGGUCUCCCGCGGCUUCACUUACACUUUCUACACAUCUCCAGCCUCUCCCUCCAAUGCCGGUCACCCUGCCAUCCUUCUCUGCCACGGUUGGCCCGAUAGCGCCGAACUCUGGGACGACAUCUCGAAGGAACUUCUCUCCCUCCCCAACCGCCUAGUCAUUCCCGACCUCCUUGGCUAUGGAGGCACGUCCAAACCGACCGAUCCAAGCGCCUAUGCAUCGGAACUCAUGGUUCAGGACAUCAUGGAGGUCUUGGCGAGCGUCGGCGUGUCCGGUCCCAACAGUAUCCUCCCCAUCGGCCACGAUUGGGGGAGCUUUCUCGCGCAACGAGUGUAUCUGUUCGGACCGGAGCACUGCGCGGGGUUGGGCAUGGUGAACGUCUCCUACAUGCCACCAUCAGGCGAGCCGUAUUCGAUGGAGAUGAUGAACGAGAUGACGCAACAGGCGUUCGGAUAUCCUGGGUUCGCCUAUUGGGAGGUGUUCGCCUCCGACACGGGCCACGAAUUGCUGGACCAACAUCCCGAAAGCGUUUGGUGCGUGGCGCAUGGACAGGGCGAGAAUUGGCUUCUGGUGAACUGGUGUAAGUACGGGGCGAUGGCGGAGUAUAUCGGCAACGGCAAGACGGACCCGUUGAAAUCGUAUGCCGGACCGGAGCGAACGGAGCGACGGGAGCGUUGGCUGAAGCAGAUGAAAGAAGCAGGAUUCGCCGGGCCGCAGUGCUGGUAUCGGGCAUCGGUGAAGGGGGUGCAUGUAGAGGGGGAGAAAAAGAUUGCGCAGGAAACCUUACUGAUUACGAAGCCGACGCUGUUUAUCGGCUGCACGCAAGAUCAGGUUUGUCGUCUGGAAAUGAUCGAGUCGACAAAGCCAUUGCUUCCAAACCUCAUGACGAAGACGAUCGAGAGCGGUCACUGGUCCCCAUGGGAGAAGCCAGCGGAGGUGUCGGCGGCGAUUCUUGAAUAUGUGCGAAGCAAUGGACUAUAGGCAGACUUAGAUGAUAUCACAUCAUAAUACGAUUAUCAUAAUACGAUACCGGUAUUCCGUAUUCCGAACGGAGUAUUCAAAAAUGUA